AUGUGGCAGUUGCGCAACAUUUUGUCUGCAAACCAUGUGCCCUACGUUACGCCGAACUACACUAAUGAGUUCCCCACUUGGGUGAGGCCCGGCGGCCGGAAGCUCUUGCGGUCUUCGUCUGCGGCAUCUAAGGCUAAUACUGUGGUGGCCCAAGAUGGUUCAGGGAACUAUAAAACAAUUAGCAAAGCCAUAACCACAUCCUCGAAGCGGCCCGGCACAGCAAGGUACAUAAUUUAUAUCAAGGCCGGUACACAUAAUGAGAUUGUUGGAGUUGGAACCAAUUUGGUGAACAUUAUGUUCGUGGGUGAUGGUAUUGGAAAGACCAUAAUUACUGGAAGCAAAAGCGUUGAUGGCGGAUCUACUACCUUUAAUUCAGCAACAGUGGCUAUUGUUGGCGAUGGAUUCAUUGCCCAAGGCAUCACUUUCCGUAACACUGCCGGUGCGGCAAAUCACCAAGCAGUAGCUUUGCGCUCUGGCUCUGACCUCUCGAUCUUCUAUCAAUGUGGCUUUGAGGGUUAUCAAGACACCCUUUACGUUUAUUCUGCGCAACAAUUCUACAAAGAGUGCGACAUCUAUGGCAUAGUUGACUUUAUCUUUGGAAAUGCUACCGUUGUUCUCCAAAAUUGCAACAUCUAUGCUAGAAACCCUCCUAACAAGGUCAAUACCAUCACUGCACAGGGCCGAACUGACCCCAACCAAAAUACUGGCAUCUCUAUCCACAAUUGCAAAGUCAUUGCAGCUUCAGACUUGACGUCGAUUCAAAGCUCUGUUAAAACGUACCUCGGGAGAUCGUGGCAAAAAUAUUCAAGAACUGUUUUCACUAAGACUUACCUUGAUAGCUUAAUUGACUCGGCCGGUUGGUUAGCGUGGAAUGGCAACUCUGCCCUUACGACUCUGUACUAUAUAGCUUAUUUGAGGCCUUAUACUCUCAAAGUGCUAGGGGUGGUGGCGGCAUUGACAAAGAAGAUGCUGGUGGCAGUGAUGGCAAUGAGGAGGAGGAGGAAGGUGGCAGUGAGAGUCCAAAUGGACAUUUUGGCUGACCUCUAG